AUGGCUAGCAUGAAUGUCAAUACCAUGAAAGAGGAGCUUAUUUCCCGGCUUUCAAAAUCAAGUGCAGUGACUGUGGAGGCAGAUGCAAGUUGGGAAGAGGCCCUGAAGCGCUGGACGAGGUAUCGAGGGCAAACUCCAGCAGCGGUUGUUCAUCCGGCGAAUGAGGAAGAUGUUAUAAAAACUAUCUCGUAUGCUGUCCAGCAUCAACGGCCGUUCGUGGUCAGGGGAGGCGGACACAGCAACGGCUUCUCCACUAUCAGCAGUCCUGGAAUCGUCCUAGACCUCUCGCGGAUGAGACACGCCUCCGUUGAUGUAGAGCGAGCGGUGGCUGUGGUGCAAGGGGGCGCAACCAUGGGCGACGGAGUGAGGGUUGCUGCUUCAGCAGGCUUAGCCAUCGCGACAGGAACAUGCAACGAGGUCGGCCUGGUUGGGGCGUCGUUGGGAGGAGGCAUUGGCCGGCUCCUUGGGCUCUAUGGCUAUGCAGCAGACACAAUUGUCUCAAUGCGCGUUGCGGUCGUAGAGAGCAGCGGGAGGCCUCGUAUAGUUGAAGCAUCGCGGGAGGCGAAUCCAGAUCUCUUCUGGGCCCUCCGUGGCAGCGGCCAUUUGUUUGGCGUAGUUGUCCAGGCCACUUUUAGGGCUUUCCCCUGGGCAUACGAGACGUGGCACAGCUGUCUCGUCUUCCAGCCGUGUGAUGCUGCCCAGGUGGCAGAGACGAUAGACCUGGUCAACUACCAGGGAGGGAUGCAGGGCCGGUUGGUCUUCUGUGCUCCCAAUAACCAGCCGCUUGUUCUGUUGCAGUUGUGGUAUAUGGGCGACCCUGGGGAGGCCGCAGCCAAAUUCCAGCCCCUGCUGGAGCUCCCGUCUAUGGCAGAGCAUCCCCUGCAUGUCAUCGGCCGUCUAAUACCGUAUGCAAACCUCAACGACUCGAGUGAUAGAAUCUGUGCCUAUGCUGGGAGGAAGAACCUGGCGGCCUUUGGUAUGCAGAGCAUCUCAGGGGCCUCAUGCACGGCAGCGCUCAGGGUAUACACGGAUUUCAUCACCAGAAACCCUGCAGCGGGCAAGACGCACAUUCUCACGGAGUUCUACAGCAUGGAUGUUGCACAGGAGCUAGACCGAGACGGUAAGGAGACCUCGAUCCCCCAGCAGAUGCGAAAGGGGGUGAAGUACUGGGUGAUGCCUCUGGCCUGGUAUGAAGACGCCGCGCUAGACGAUGCAUGUGCAGGGCUCAACAAAGCCAUCCGAGAAGCGUUUCUGACACACGCGGACGGCAGCCGGGCAGCGAGUGUGGGCUAUGUUAAUAUGCCGUUCGAAGAAGAUACUGCUAGUAGUAUCUUCGGCGAUGAAGAGCGGCUGCAGGUUCUGCGCCAUCUGAAACAGAAAUGGGACCCCUUGGGGGCUGUUCAGGGGGUUGUGCAGCUCCAGUAG